AUGCCAUCCAAAUUCAGAAAAGCGAUAUGGAUCCGAAGGGGGCAGUUCGUUGUCUUGCGGCCUAUUGAAGAAGGUGACAAGGUGAAAGCCGAAAUCGAACACGUAUUGGAUGAAGAGAACAUUCUGUACAUAAGAUCCAUAAACAAAUGGCCUACUCGGUUUGAAGAACAGGCUCGAAUGAUGACAAGAGAUGCCAAACGAGGAGGAACAGGAGAAAACACCAUGAUUGACGACGACAUGUUACCACCAACUGACAGCGAUGAAUAUGAAAGCAGUGGAGAAGAGUCCACCGAUGGUGGUGAAGGCGAUAUUUCCGAUGGUGAUUCGGAUGAUAAUGGACCUGAUACGAAUUUGCAUCAAUACAACCCAAAUCGUGAUAAAGCGCCAACUAGCAUAUAA